CGCGCGGCGGGGCUCAUGGCGGCCGGGCCGCAGUCCUCAGGGGCCGCCGUGUCGGCAGCCGCUUACCCCGACUCACCGGUGGAGCUCCCCGCCCGCCUGCACGCCGGCGCGAUGCGGCGCCGCUUCUGGGGCGUGUUCAACUGCCUGUGCGCCGGCGGGUUCGGGGCCCUGGCCGCCGCCGCCGCCAAGCUGGCCUUCGGCAGCCAGGUGAAUAUUGGCUUAUGUGUCUUAGGCAUUAUUGCCAUGGCAAGCACCAAUUCUCUGAUGUGGACCUUCUUUAGCCGGGGCCUCAGUUUCUCUAUGUCUUCAGCCAUUGCAUCUGUCACAGUGACUUUUUCGAACAUACUCAGUUCGGCCAUCUUAGGCUACGUGCUGUAUGGAGAGUGCCAGGAGGUCUUGUGGUGGGGAGGGGUGUUCCUCAUCCUCUGUGGGCUCACCCUGAUCCACAGGAACUUCCCACCCACCUGGAAGGCAAGCAAGCAGCAGUGACACCAGUUGGUGGAUAGACCACAGUAAAAAUGACCAUCAUGACACCAGUUGGUGGAUAGACCACGGUAAAGACGGCCAUCAUGACACCAGUUGGUGGAUAGACCACAGUAAAGAUGGCCAUCAUGACACCAGUUGGUGGAUAGACUACGGUAAAGAUAACCAUCAUGCCCAGCCAUGGGUUGGCAAGUAGGACUGCUUCCGGGGUGACCUGGGAGUGCAGCUUUUGACUGUCAGCCACAAGGAGAUGCCAGACCAACCACAGGCCUCUGACUACAUCGCAGUCUGGAGGGUUGAAGCAUUAGCUCCUGUAAGAGGAGGACGACCACCACAGCAUGAGGCCCAAGUCCUUCAGCGUUGGUACAGUGCUUUGAUUCUUGUGCUCCAGGGCUACCUCAGUGAGUCCUGGAAGACUCUGUGAUCUUGCCCAGCAACAUGGCAAGUACCUGAGAAAUGUUGUGAUUAUGAUCCUCCUACCUGACCGUGACCCUUCAUUAACCCCAGAGUCGGCAGCUGGAGGGCUUCCUAAAGAAAAAAAACAGAUAGUUCAGAUAGUCUGUCACACCCAUAAAUCCAUAGCAAAAGAAGGAAAUUUGGGCUAAUAAAUACUUAUUUGUAAGUUAAAGCUACUGGGUGUGGAAUCUUAAUUCUUUUCCAGCUGUGGGGUAAGGGAAUGUAGCCAGGUAGCUGAGUUCUCAGAAUUGGAUUAGUGGAGAUUGUGUGCCCCUGCCUCCAUGUCAGCUCUGCCCUCCCAUACUCAUCUGACAGAAAGAGCAUACUGACACACUUCCACUGCUUCUGCCAGCUGGGACCUAGCCUCUUGUCAACAUUCUCACAGGAGUUUCUAUCUUGAUGUCUGUUCUGUUCCUGCAUACUGAAGUCUCCAGUGACUAGACAUCUAGUAUGGAAAGGUUUGCAGGUUCACAAGGUCCACUUCUGGUGUAUGCUUUUGCAUUUGCUCUGUCCUCUGCCUCAGACUCCCUCACAUGCCUCACUCUUGGGAACAACCUCUGUUCCUAGUUCCAAACUCCUUUAAACUCUCCUGGGAGCCAAGACAAGGCUGUCAGUUGCUUAGCCCACUUUGACAUAUUAAAACCUCCUGACCACUCCAUGGAGAAGAUGCUCUAGUAUUUGUAGACAAAUUGCUAAACGGUCUGUUUAAUUAAAAAAAAAAGUGAGCCAGAUACCGGGGUUAAAACCUGGGAGAUGAGAGGAAUAGGGGAAGCCACAGCUAACCUCACCUCACCAACUCUGCAGCUUCCAAAGAGCGCUACUUCCUGUCUACCCACGCCUAUGUGCCUUUCAGUUCUGCCAACUCACUUCCUCUCCGCCCAGCCACAUUUCUUCCUCUUCCAGCCCAGCUCUGUUACUUACUGUCUGUACAGACCUCCAGACCUUUAUGGUUAACUAGUGUUGGAAUUUAAGGUGUGUGCCACCAUGCCUGGCUCUGUUCUCAGUGUGGUCUUGAACUCACAGAGAUCCAGACUGAUCCCUGCCUCUCAAGUGAUAGGAUUAAAGGUGUGUGCUACCAUUGCCUGACUUCUAUAUUUAAUAUAGUGGCUGGCUUUUUCCUCUGAUCCUCAGAUAAACUUUAUUGGGGGACACAUAAAAUAUCACCACAAGUAUUCUCAUCUUAGGUGAGGAAACCAAGUCUCAAGAGCAGAUGGAGUAACUUGUCCAACAUCACAUAGCUCAUGAAUGUAGCUAGAGUUUUCCUGCCUGGCCCACCUCAGGAUAAAUCUCUCUCACCUGCCAGACCCACAGCUGCUCAGACCCGACCAAGUAAACACAGAGACUUAUAUUGGUUACAAACUGUAUGGCUGUGGCAGGCUUCUUGCUAACUGUUCUUACAGCUUAAAUUAAUCCAUUUCUAUAAAUCUAUACCUUGCCACGUGGCUUGUGGCUUACCGGUACUUUACAUCUUCCUUGUCCUGACGGCGGCUGGCAGUGUCUCUCUCACCCAGCUUCCUGUUCUCUCCAUUCUCCUGUUAGUCCCGCCUAUCCUUCCUGCCUGGUCACUGGCCAAUCAGUGAUUUAUUUAUUGACCAAUCAGCAACACAUUUGACAUACAGACUAUCCCACAGCACAUGAAUGCUAGAAAGACUAUCAGCCCAGUCUGUUUUUCUUUAAGCUUCAUUCUUAAUCCUGACCACAGCCUCCUACAUCAGCAAAUCAAGACCAGAGAGACCCAGUGGUAAAGAAACCGUAUCCAGUCUCAGAACCUCUGUCACUAACCACUUCCAUGUUUAUGAGGACUUCAUGUUCCAUGUGAUGGUCUAUUUUGAUCCUGUCAUUCUCCCAGAGAGAAGAAAGCCAUUCAAGGCCCCGUAAGGUGUGUUCCCAUGUGGGCCAGGUGCCAAUCAAGACCAAGCAUCAUGAGGGCUGGAGAAAAGACUCAGCAGUUAAGAGCACUUGCUGUUUUUGCAGAGGCCCUGGGUUCAUUUUCUAGCACCCACAUGAUGGCUUACAACUAUCUGUAACUCUUAGUUCUAGCGCAUCUGAUGCCGCCUUCUGACCUCUGCUGGCACCAGGUGCACAUAUGGCACUUAAACAUAGGUGCAGACAAAAUAGUUACUCACAUAAAAUAAGUCUCUUAAAAAAAUAAAAAAGACCAAACAUUGAAGGUUGCUGAGAGCCACUGGUAGGGUCUCUCUGGGCAAGCCAUCACUCAGGUCAGAAGUCUCUCUUGGCCCAGGUACUGUCCUGAAGGGAUUCUGCCUCCCAUCUAGACUCCUGCUGAAUUCGUAGAGAAACUUGAUACUGGCUAGUCCACAGAUAUGGAAAACCACAAGAUCAAGAUCUUUUUCUACAGGGAGGAUGAAUGUUCUCUGGAAAGCAAAAGUGUCUGCCUCUGGAAUCACCCGAGAAGACUGGCAGCGUUCAUAUCUUUGCUGCAGAGGGUGGUUCUUUUGCAAAAAAGAAUAAACCACAAGACAAUAUUUGUCUUUCUGAUGUGCAUCCUGGAUUGUGGCUUGAGUUUUGUUUGCUUCAGAGCUGGAGAUUUGACAUCAGGUUCUAUAGCCUGUGGCCUUGGUAGGGUAGUUACCAUUUUCUAUUCUUGUUUUUUAUUUAUAUUUUAAAGGGUACAACUCAGCAGUUUUGUGAUAUAUCUAUAAGAUUGUCAACCAUCAUUAAUUCCAGAACAUCUUUGACUACUCAGUGAAAGUCAUACCCAUCAGCAGUUAUUCUCUGUCCCACACCUCCACUCCAGUCCCUACUAUCACAAAUGUUUCUGUGUCUAUGAAUUUGUCUAUUCUAGAUAUUCCAUAUAGUGGAUUUUUUCCUAUGGU